CAUACUCUAUACCUAUAGCGGUCGUUGAGGCCGUAUUACCUGCUUGCAUGGAAGAAUCUACUACAUAAUGAAUAGCAGAGGUGCAACCAGGUCUCUUGGAGGUACUCUAUUCAACACUAGGGGUAUUGUUCACGAGAAGCCCGAUGGAAACACCCCACAAAAACCCCACUUUUUGUACGUGGAUACUACUGAUAAGAUUCACCACGUUACGAAAAGCUCGCUGAUUUGCGUGAAUAGAGUACCAGCUAUUCAAAAUGUGAGAGGUGAA